GUAGUUUCCUAGAAACACAAGGGCACGCUUUCUCGUCCUCUUUCUCUUAUUAGGCUCUAGAAGCCUCACUCUAUCAACUCACGAGAGUAAAGAUUCACAAAACUAUAUCAACAUGUGCCCUACCAAGCCAAAACACCGCAGUUCCGGCUCUGAAUCUACCGCCUCCAAAUCCAAUUUCAACGCCCCUACCACCACCACCACCUCCGCAUCCACUGCCUGGAUCUCCGAGACACUCGACGGUGGAUCCCUGCGCCGCGUUAACCUCGACGAUGGAACCAACGGCUGGGCCUCGCCUCCAGGUCACCUUUUCUCUCUGCGUGCUAAAAACUAUUUCACUAAACGACAGAAAUCCCCUUCCGGCGAUUACUUACUCUCCCCUGCCGGCAUGGAUUGGCUCAAGUCCACUGCCAAAAUCGAUAACGUACUCGCCCGCCCUGACAACCGUGUGUCCCUGGCUCUCAGAAAGGUUCAGUCCCAAGGGAAAUCACUGAAAUGUUUCGUCUUCGCUGUUAACCUUCAAGUUCCCGGUAAGGACAAUCACAGUGCGGUGUUUUACUUUGUAACAGAGGAUCCUAUCCCUCCCGGUUCUCUAUUGUAUCGGUUCAUCAAUGGAGAUGACUCGUUUAGGAAUCAGCGGUUCAAGAUUGUGAACCGGAUCGUGAAAGGACCUUGGAUCGUGAAGAAAACAGUAGGGAGCUAUAGUGCUUGUUUGCUAGGUAAAGCCUUAACCUGUAAUUAUCAUCGAGGAGCCAAUUAUUUGGAGAUUGAUGUGGAUAUAGGGAGCUCGAAGAUAGCCACCGCUAUUUUGCACCUUGCAUUGGGAUACGUGACAAGCGUUACUGUUGAUAUGGGGUUUGUCGUGGAGGCGCAAGCAGAGGAUGAGUUGCCUGAGAAAUUAAUCGGUGCGGUUAGAGUUUGCCAAAUGGAGAUGUCAUCGGCGACUGUAGUUGAGGCGCCGAACACAACGGUGGCGCGUGGGAUAGGGUUAUCCAAGGUUAAACAUCACGAGUCCGGCGAAGACGACGAUCAAUAAUGCCAACACAUGGUGGUUUUUUUUCCCCUUCCUUUACCCGAUUUUAAUUUUAGUUUAUCUUGUUAACCUCAUCCGUGAGUUGGAAAUUGGAAGGCUCUCUUUACGGGGAUUUAUGAUUGUAGAUAAUAAAAUGGUGACAAUCAACGAUUGGGGAUUUUAA